AUGAGGGCCCUCCGACCAGCAGCAGCCCAGCACUGGUUCCGCCAGAACAUCCCACCCUACCACCAACAACAACCCCACCAGCCAGGCAGCAGAACAGCCGACCCGCUCCUGUUCCCAACACACAGCCAGCAGCCCCCGGAACACCAGCAGCAGCCGAUCCGAUAUCCCGCCCAUCCGGCCGACGCCCCCCCCAAACUCAGCCGGGCCAUCGCAUCCUUCCACAAUGCCGCACUCGUCUACCUCCACCGAGGCCUGGCCAUCCACUCCGCCCAGCCCGCCCUCCAUCCAGCCGUCGCCCCGCAGCCGCAGGAGCCCUUCCUCUCCGCGGUCACCAAAGGCUUCAACCAGAUCCUGCUCCUCGAAACCGGCCUCGAGUUCGCCCAGUCCCGCCAGGUCAUGGAAGCCCUCCUGAGCAUCGUCCGCCAGAAGCUCAGCCUCUCCGAAAACAGCGAGCACCAGCACCGCGCGGCAGUCUGGGAGGCCUCCAAGCAGGUCAUCAUCCACUGCGCGCUCCGACCCCGGAUGGCCAGUGUCGGCGAGUGGGCGUGGGAAGAGAUCCGGCGGGGGAACUACGACCGGCUGGCCGGGGUCUGGACGGGCAUCCUGGAGAUCGUCGAUCGGAGGCACGGCCCAGCGGAUCCCAGCCAGCCGCCACCGACGAUCGGCCUGGACGAAGGCUUCUUCACCGCACUGGUCGUCGUCUCAUCCACCCUGAACGAGGGCCCGCCUCUGGGCCGCCUGGUCGGCUCGUUGGUCGACCGGAUCUGGUCCCGCGUCCGGCCUGCCGACCGGCUCCCGCUCGACCGACUGCCCCAGCCCGCCCGCGCCCGCUUCUUCCUCCGCGCCGUCGAGCUCGGCCUUCUCUGGCGUCGGCCCGCAGAGGACGAGCCCGAGCAUGCCGACUGGCUCGUCGAGCAGGACGAACGGAUCGUCCAUCUCAUCCGCCGCAACUUCCUCGCGCAGCACCCCCAUUCCCUCCAGUACUGUCUCGAUCUCUCGCAGCGGAUCCAGGAGGCUGUCAAGGGCGCAGAGGGCGUGCCCGGCUGGUUGCCUGUCGACUGGACUCCGCAGCCCACCACCACCACCACCACCACACCCUCCUCCUCAGAAGAUCCCAAGAAGAAACCAUCCCAAAAACGGGAAAUCAUCCUGACACAGAAAGUGGUCGGGACCCUGUUGACGGGAUUCGCGGAGAACGGGAUGAUCGAGCAAGUCGAGCAGCUGAUCGGCUUUUCCAGGCGGCUCGGCGGGAUGUCCCGGUACCUCUGGUCGGCGGUUCUGCGGGGCGUGACGAAACAAAGCCAGGCGGGCGCCCUGAUGAAGGAGUUUGUGCGCCGGAUGGAGGCGGAGGACGGGCUGGAGCUGGACUUCACGAUGCGCUGCAUCCAGAUCAGCGGCUGUAUCGGGAGCGACCUGGACGGCGCACUCGCGGCGAUCGACGAGCUGCUCGUCCACUCUGCUGCUCCGGGAGGCAAACCGGGCGGCUCGAGUAGUAGUAGUAGUAGUAGUAGUAGUGGUGGUGGUGGUCGCAAGAAGGGCAGCAAGCUCCCGAUUGACGCAAUCAACUCCAUCGUCUCCGCUCUUUUGAGACACCAGAUGCUCGAGCGCGCCGAGAGCCUGCUGGAGGCCCUUUCCGACCGGCUCGUCCCGAACACCACCACCCUCAACCACUUCCUCAACUACCAUUCCCGGCUCCAACACCCCAUCCUCGACCAUGUGCUCGCCCAUCUCAAACGGUUCGAGGACCAACACGUCAAGCCCGACGUCGUCAGCUUCACCAUCCUUCUCAACAUCCUCCUUAAGCUCGGCAGUGGCCAGCACACCAUCCAGAAGCUCCUCGCCAUGAUGGAGCUUGCUGGCGUCGAACCUAAUGCGAUCACUUACGGCUCGAUCAUCCAUCACCUCUGUCGCAGCGGGAAGAUCGAAGACGUCGAAGUGGCCGACAAAUUGCUCGAAGAGAUCGAAGAAAGAGGCAUAGCGACGACGGACAUCACAUACACGGCCUUGAUCCAAGGGUUCCUGCGAGCGCACAUCCAAGAAUACGAAGCGCGCACGGACGGCUUCCACCAGCCAUCAUCAUCAGCAGGCGGCGGCGGCACGCAUGGGGCGGAAGGAGAGGGGCGGAAGCUAGUGCGGGCGACGGAGCUGAUUGGACGGCUGAAGGAACGCGGGAAGCUGAACCAAGUGGUGUACAACGCGCUGCUCAAUGCGCUCUUCUCUACCCGCCAAUUCGAGAGCGGGAUGCAAGUGUUCAAGGUCAUGCGCGCCGAACUCGCCCACAGCUCCUCCCCCGGUAGCAAGAAGAAGGAGGGGAUAGAGUUGUAUGGCAACGGACUCAUCGACUCCUACGGCAUCAUGUUCCGGAGACUUAUCCAGUUCGGCCAGCUCGAUCUCUUUCAUACCCUCUAUUAUCAUCACUUUCGGAACGAAAUGUUUACCUUCGUUCCCCUCUGGAUCGAGAAACUGAUCGAUCGUUUCGAGAACUCGAAGUAA